CAGUGGGUGCGAGAUGGGAGCGAGAACGUGCCGUUUCUGCUGUCACCGAACGAGCGGGAGAUUGUCUUCGAGGUCACGUCGCCCAACUUUGACGGCCUGGUGGCGAUGAUGAAGCCGGACGAGUCGUGGGUCGCGCGCUGGCAGGGCAUCACGACGUUCGUCCCGGGGUGCUACGCGCUGCGGGUGCGAGGGACGCUGCCGGAGCAGCACCGACAGACGCUCGAGGAGAACGGCGCCAGAUACCACAAUCUCGACGACACAUCCGCGAUGAGGCCGGAGUAG